AUGAAGGGGCCCUGGGGCCUGGGCUCUAACCAACACAGGGGUUAAUGGAUUAUAAUUAGUCAGGCCUCUUCACACACACACACACACACACAGGCACACACACAAGCACACACACAAGCCUGGGUGUCUGUCUACUCUUCUCACUCAAGAGAGGGAAGAGGACAGGGGGAAGUGGACAGGGAGAAGUGGACAGGGGGAAGAGGACAGGGAGAAGUGGACAGGGGGAAGAGGACAGGGGGAAGAGGACAGGGGGAAGAGGACAGGGGGAAGAGGACAGGGGGAAGAGGACAGGGGGAAGAGGUCAGGGGGAAGAGGACAGGGGGAAGAGGACAGGGGGAAGAGGACAGGGGGAAGAGGACAGGGGGAAGAGGACAGGGGGAAGUGGACAGGGGGAAGUGGACAGGGGGAAGUGGACAGGGGGAAGAGGACAGGGAGAAGUGGACAGGGGGAUGAAGGGAUAAUAAUAGUUGAAAUGUGUGGAGCUGAAAGACACUGCAGGGUUGUGUAGUAUCAGUGACUUGAUAUGUGAAAAGUGGGCACACCAUGAAAAUGUUGGUUUCACUGUGAGUAUACGCUGUGUUCCAUUACAUCUAAUUCCUCUCCUUUACACCAGAGGGAGCUGCUGCUUUGUUUCCUUCCAGGUCUGCUGCUGCAGUAGGCUGCCCCCCUCUCUCUCUCUCUCUCUCGCUCUCUCACUCUCUCUCUCUCUCAUUGUCAUUGACUCAGUUUGACGCAUGCCUAGCAUUCUAGUCUUCUUUCUGGGCCGUAAUUGCCACUUUGAUUGGCUCUGUUCUCUUCUCUGUUGAAAUGACAUGCUGUUUUUCUAUUAAGAAGGAAAAGAGGAGAGGGUGAGCUGGAGAAAGAGAGGGACAGGAGUGCUGCAGAGGGCAGAGAGUGACUGUGUGUGUUCGUUCUAUCCAGGCAGGAGGGAUGACAGUUAGGCAGGUGCUGAGGACCAUCGGAUGGAGGACUCUACAGCUGCUGACCUCUCACAGGGGGUUGGUGCUGGCGUUAGGGCUAGAGACAGGCAGUGUGCAGGUAUGGUAGAGUGAAAUGGCAUACAGUUGAAGUCGGAAGUUUACAUACACUUAGGUUGGAGUCAUGAAAACUCGUUUUUCAACCACUCCACAAAUGUAUUUUUAACAAACUAUAGUUUUGGCAAGUCGGUUAGUAAUUUUUCCAACAAUUGUUUACAGACAGAUUAUUUCACUUAUAAUUCACUGUAUCACAAUUCCAGUUUACAUACACUAAGUUGACUGUGCCAUUAAACAGCUUGGAAAAUUCCAGAAAAUGAUGUCUUGGCUUUAGAAGCUUCUGAUAGGCUAAUUGACAUCAUUUGAGUCAAUUGAAGGUAUACCUGUGAAUGUAUUUCAAGGCCUACCUUCAAACUCAGUGCCUCUUUGCUUGACAUCAUGGGAAAAUCUAAAGAAAUCAGCCAAGACCUCAGAUAAAUAACUGUAGACCUCCACAAGUCUGGUUCAUCCUUGGGAGCAAUUUCCAAACGGCUGAAGGUACCACGUUCAUCUGUACAAACAAUAGUACGCAAGGAUAAACACCUUGGGACCACGCAUCCGUCAUACCGCUCAGGAAGGAGGCGCGUUCUGUCUCCUAGAGAUGAACGUACUUUGGUGCGAAAAGUGCAAAUCAAUCCCAGAACAACAGCAAAUGACCUUGUGAAGAUGCUGGAGGAAACAGGUACAAAAGUAUCUAUAUCCACAGUAAAACGAGUCCUAUAUCGACAUAACCUGAAAGGCCGCUCAGCAAGGAACUGUUUGGCCAUAAUGACCAUCGUUAUGUUUGGAGGAAAAGGGGGGUACUUGCAAGCCGAAGAACACCAUCCCAACCGUGAAUCACGGGGGUGGCAGCAUCAUGCUGUGGGGGUGCUUUGCUGCAGGAAGGACUGGUGCACUUCACAAAAUAGAUGGCAUCAUGAGGAAGGAAAAUUAUGUGGAUAUAUUGAAGCAACAUCUCAAGACAUCAGUCAGGAAGUUAAAGCUUGAUCACAAAUGGGUCUUCCAAAUGGACAAGCAUACUUCCAAAGUUGUGGCAAAAUGGCUUAAGGACAACAAAGUCAAGGUAUUGGAGUGGCCAUAAAAAAGCCCUGACCUCAAUCCUAUAAAUUUUUUGGGGGCAGAACUGAAAAGGCGUGUGCGAGCAAGGAGGCCUUCAAACCUGACUCAGUUACACCAGCUCUGUCAGGAGGAAUGGGCCAAAAUCCACCCAACUUAUUGUGGGAAGCUUGUGGAAGGCUACCCGAAACGUUUGACCCAAGUUAAACAAUUUAAAAGCAAUGCUACCAAAAACUAAUUGAGUGUAUGUAAACUUCUGACCCACUGGGAAUGUGAUGAAAGAAAUAAAAGCUGAAAUGAAUCAUUCACUCUACUAUUAUUCUGACAUUUCCCAUUCUUAAAAUAAAGUGGUGAUCCUAAUUGACCUAAGACAGUGAAUUUUUACUAGGAUUAAAUAUCAGGAAUUGUGAAAAACUGAGUUUAAAUGUGUUUGGCUAAGGUGUAUGUAAACUUCCGACUUCAACUGUAUGUGCGCGUCAGUGGAGGCUGCUGAGGGGAGGACGGCUCAUAACAAUGGCUGGAAUGGAGUCAAUGGAGUGGUAUCAAACACGUGGAUUCCAUGUGAUUGAUACCACUCCGUUGACUCCAGUCCAGCCAUUGUUAUGAGCCGUCCUCCCCUCAGCAGCCUCCACUGUGUGCUUCGACCUGGAUUCAAAUAAUAUUAGAAAUACUUUGUGUUUGCUUUAGUCUGCCUAGAGUGCUAGAUGGGCAGUGUGUGCACUUUUGGGACUAUUCCAUUGGUCCAUUGCACCAGGCUCAAUCAAGUCCAGAUCUUUUUCAAAUAGUAUUUGAACCUAGGUCUGGUGUGUGUUCCUUGACCUUCUCAAAGGGAUUGUGAUCAGUGUCAGGGUGAGGGAUAGCUCAGUUACUGUGGAGUGAUUUAUUAUUCAAAUGGAGUUUAAAGUGCACGUCACAGCAUAUCUUCCUGUACGCUGCAUUACACUAGGGAGGCUGCAAAUGUGGAUAAAAACGGUUCAGGGAUCAGUACAUGUUAACCCGCUCAUCAUAAGGUGCUUCGAUGACCACUGCUCUCAGAUCAGAUCUGUGCCGCUUCGUUGAUAAGCCAAACUAGUAUUCCUAACGGUAACAUGUUUUACUCAACUUUUUCCCCCCCAUAUCGCCCUGAGCACCCUCCCUGCUGCGUCAUUCCGAAACCUUGAGGUGAGCUGGCAACCUUUUGAAACCCGUGUCCCAGUAGCAUAGCAGAGCGUCCUCUGGUUGGCAUGCCCUGAGGCUAGCAUUCUCACACGUUUGUUUGAAGUGGGGUUUUAUUUGAGAGGUUUAAAUAUUUUAGCACAAGGUGAAUACUAGAUUGAGAUUUCACCUUGUGCUCAGUAUGGAGUGUGUGUGUCUGUCUGUGUGUGUGUGUGUGUGCUUGCGUGCAUGUGUAGCAUUUUUCAGCUAAAGUUAUGAGCUUGUGUGUUUCUUUGCCUUUUGGUUUAUUGGUUGUCAGAAUGUACACUUAUAUUAACAUACAUUAUAAACAUCCAUAAUGCUAUUAUGACUUUCCUCAUCCUGAUAAUAAAUACAGAUCAUUAUCUCAAUGCAUUCUUAAUUCUAUUAAUUUAGCAGUGUAUAUACCUACUACCCAAAUUAUCAAAUGUAGAUAAAUCCAAGGUUAUUAUCAACAAAGCUAAGCAACCCCUCUUUCUCCCGGCACUUAAAUCUUCUUGCGUCUCUUCAUUAUGUUCUUUAGACAUCUUCACAUUUCACAAUGACCUGCCCAUUACAAUGUCACAACUUCAAUGUCUCAUUCGAGUCACCACCAACUCCACAACCUCAUUGUCUUUUCCAUUUGCCAACCAUUAUGCCCACAUCGUUAAAAUGUUGCAUUCGAACAUAUCUUUCUCCAUUCUCACUCAAUGGUGGACUCCUUUCCCACUCCUUCAAGAUAAUAACAUGAGAAAAUCCCCCGAUAUUGUCACGCCCUGGCUCUAGGGACUCUUUUAUGUUGAGCCAGGGUGUGUAGAGUCUAUGUUUUGUGUUCUUUGUUUCAGUUUCUAGUUCAUGUGUAUUUAUGUUGGCCGGGGUGGUUCUCAAUCAGAGACAACGAGAAUCAGCUGUUGCUUGUUGUCUCUGAUUGGGUACCAUACUUAGGCAGCCUGUUUGGCACAGUGUAUUGUGGGAUCUUGUUCCGUGUUGGUUUGUGUAUUUGACCGUGGACUUCACGUAUCGUUUUGUUGUUUUUGUUCGUGUGGUGAAUAUAAAUAAAGUAUGUUCGCAUUCCACGCUGCGCCUUGGUCCGCUCCUUUUGACGAUUGUGACAGAAGAUCCCACCAAUACUGGACCAAGCAGCGUGUUUCGGAGCUAACGCCGGGUAAGGAGAUGGAGAAGUUGGCGAUGGCCCAGGUGGGCCAAUGGUGGUCCUGGGAGGACAUGUUCGAGGGCAGAGGACCAUGGGCAAAGUUUAAAGCCUUGGCGAGAGAGGAGGUACAGCGCCAACAGUGUCGUCGUCGGACAGGCGAGAGGCAACCCCAAUACAUUUUUAGGGGGGGGCACAUGGCAUGGACGACGGGACUGCUGGAGGCAGAUAAGGGGCGAGUUUGUGGACGAGGAAGAAGGCCACCGGGUUACGGGUGAUUAGAGGGAGGGAAAGUGUAGAGGCACGGCGAGAGGUACUGAAGUGUGUUGCCAGUCCGUUCCGGCCCGUUCCUGAUCCCCUUUUAAGGCCAGUGGUGUGUGUUCCCAGUGCGGUCCGGCCUGUUCCUGUCCCUCGCACCAAGCCUGUGAUGCGCGUCGCCAGCCCGGUCAGGCCUGUUCCUGCCCCUCGCACCAAGACAAUGGUGCGCGUCGCCAGCUCGGUCCGGCCUGUUCCUGCCCCUCGCACCAAGCCAAUGGUGCGCGUCGCCAGCCCGGCCCGGCCUGUUCCUGCCCCUCGCACCAAGCCAAUGGUGCGCGUCGCCGGCCCGGCCUGUUCCUGCUCCUCGCACCAAGCCAAUGGUGCGCGUCGCCAGCCCGGCCCGGCCUGUUCCUGUCCCUCGCACCAAGCCAAUGGUGAGCGUCGCCAGCUCGGUCUGGCCUGUUCCUGCCCCUCGCACCAAGUCAGUGGUGCGCGUCGUCAGCCCGGCCCGGCCCGUUCCUGCUCCCCGCACCAAACCUGUGGUGCGCGUCGCCAGCCCGGUCCGGCCCAUUCCUGCUCCCCGCACCAAGCCUGUGGUGCGCAUCGUCAGCCCGGUCCGGCCCGUUCCUGCUGGCUGCGCGUCGUCAGCCCGGUCCGGCCCAUUCCUGCUCCCCGCACCAAGCCUGUGGUGCACGUCGUCAGUCCGGCACAGCCCGUGCCCGUUUCACCGGUGCCUGGUCAGGUACCGGUCAGCUGCUCCACACCGGAGCCUGAGCAAUCCGCUCCGCCGAUGUCCAGUCCAGCUCCAGCCAGCGGGGCCAGACCAGACCAGGGGCACUACGGGGGGGGUUAUUAGAGGGUGGUGGUCAUGCCCGGAGCCGGAUCCGCCUCCGAGGAGGAAUGCCCACCCGGCCCUCCCCUGUUCGGUUUAUGUUUGGCGCGGUCGCAGUCCGCGCCUUUGGGGGGGGGGGGGGGGGUACUGUCACGCCCUGGCUCUAGGGACUCUUUUAUGUUGAGCCAGGGUGUGUAGAGUCUAUGUUUUGUGUUCUUUGUUUCAGUUUCUAGUUCAUGUGUAUCUAUGUUGGCCGGGGUGGUUCUCAAUCAGAGGCAACGAAAUCAGCUGUUGCUUGUUGUCUCUGAUUGGGAACCAUACUUAGGCAGCCUGUUUGGCACAGUGUAUUGUGGGAUCUUGUUCCGUGUUGGUUUGUGUAUUUGACCAUGGACUUCACGUAUCGUUUUGUUGUUUUUGUUCGUGUGGUGAAUAUAAAUAAAGUAUGUUCGCAUUCCAUGCUGCGCCUUGGUCCGCUCCUUUUGACGAUCGUGACAGAUAUCUUCGAUUGGUUGUUGUAUACCAAUUGCAUCUAUAUAAGUGGUAUUUUACAAAAACGUCCUCAACGCCUCUGAUAUUCAUCUUCAGCCGGUUCAUAGUUUGUUACUUUUAUUUAUGCAGGUUCACACCAUGCUAGGCCAAAUUAUCCCUACUAUGCACCAAGACACCAUCUGUAUUUAUCUCACUAGAAGACAAACAUAACAUUUUAAUUGAUUACAUUUCUAAUCCAAUAAAUCCAUACAAACAUUUACCAUAUGACAAAUGAUUAUGUUUGAACAAUUAUUCUUAAUACCAAUUUCUAAUAUACUUCCCAAUUUCUAUUAGAUAUACCCUUUAAAUACAUAUAACCGAAUGGAACGACAGUCGGUUGAUUCCUGAAAAAUCUGGAAGAUCUUGAAAUCAGCCAUAACCCACAGCUCAUCAGUAUCAUUCCUCUGACAUCGUCUUCCAUCACCUGAUAAUUGUCAUCAACAGCAUCCUCAUCUACCUCAUCUCUAAAUCGUCGGUUUCCUCGUAGCAAUCUGUUACAGUGGUUGACAUGAGAUUUGGUCAAUCUCCCCUCUAUCCAUACCUCCGUUGGUGUAGACUGUGUGACGAUGCAUGAACCUCCUUCCUUCACUAGUUCUAUGAUCAUGCAGAGUCCUUCUCCAUUUAUCACCAUCCCCCUUAUGGAGUGUGUCCUUCAAUCAGCGUACCAAUAGUCCCUGCUGCAAAAAUACACAGACAAAACAAAACAGGCAGAGAAGCCUUCACCUUUUGAAAGAAAGUCUGCAUAACAUUGUUAGUUGAGACACAGCAUGCUACUUCAUCCUUUCUUCUUAUCAGUCCUGAUAAACCUUUUAGAUUAGGAAGUGCACAAUCUUGCAGCUUGUUGCAGUCCACUCAUGUCAUAGAAAGGCCUCCUCUAAAUUCUGUCUUAUACCACCAAUACAUUUUCCCCUAAAACAUUUAAUCUAACCCAUAACACAUUACUUACUACUGCUCAUAUUCUUAAUAUAAUUUUCAAAUGUACCAAUAAAUCCUCAUACCAUCAUUACUACCCCCUUUUUUGAACACGAGUCACAACGUGAUUCAUGCUUUCAAAAAUAAAACACCAACAUUGUUUAUUAAAUCAUAAUUAAAAUGAAAUUAAAAUGACAGCAUUUGAUAAUACCUCAAUUUACUUCUAUCCCGUAAAGUAAUCCAAGAUUAGUACAAUUAACUAGCAACAGUUAUCCCUCAUUCAGGGAAAGCUCUCUCUCUCUUUUAUAAUUUGAUGGUCCGAAUCACAUAUAUUAUUACAAAAUUAUAAACUUUUUCACAAUUUUCAGUUUUAUAAAUUACCCUCAACUCGGUAAAAUAAACUAUCUUAAAGUCCUCUUCUCAUGCCUUUAGAAUUACCAGUGUGGAUGAUCAAGUCACACUAGAAAGUCAAAACAGUUCAGAGGUCAUUGAAAUCAUUCAACAAAAUGUUCCAUUCUAUAGUAUACUAAACAUUACAAACAUUCAAAACAUGUCAUAAAUGUUACUUAUCCCAAGUGUACAUUAAGUCCUCAUGACAUUUCUUCUCAUAAGAAAUCAUGUGUAUACCCAAAACUCAGUCCCAACAUUUUUUUUUUUCUUCAUAGAAUUCACUGUGUGCUCCUUUAAGAUUGAUCACCUUUGACCUGUUGAAAACUCCCUAAAAUCAAAAUAGCAACCCUUUAUAAACAUCAUACUAGGUGUCGUGUGUUUUAUUUGAAAAACCCAAUUGAAAACAACAAACAAAAAUAGCCAGGCCUUACUUAAUUUGGUAGCUCCCUUUCAUGACCUAAUACUGCCUAACUCCACUAAACUGUUCCUUGUGAUCCCAUAUCAAAUGAUCCAUUAUUUUAUUUUUUUAUUUUUUAUUUUUUAUCGUGUACUUGAUCCCAAACAUAGGAAUAUCUCAGUUUCCCCUUCUAUUCUUCCUUUCACCCCUGUAAAUCUCCUAUUUCAUUAAUUAGCCAAUACAAUCACGUACUCCGCUUAAGUAAGACAUGAUAUUUUAUCCCAGGCAUCUAUUUUAAAUUGUUUGAUACGUUGUCUCCUACUUUACCCUUAACAAAAUACUAUAGGAGACUUCCAUCAAUCCUGGGAAAAAAACUCCCACUUAGAAGACACUAGAUAAAAACACGUUUCAUUAAGUACACUACACCUUCUAAUAUAAACCUAUAACCCAUUUCUGUUAAUUUAAUCCUCGAAACCUGUUGCAUUGAUGUUAUAAAAUAUAAACCUAUUGUUUAAUAACUUCAUAACUUACAAAAAAUGUUUAUUUAAUCCAUCAUCCUAAUAGUAAAAACGAUAUCCCAUUGUUCAACAUACCAUAAACAGAUUAUCAUUAGUUUAGAACCAAUGAACUGUCUGCAUAACUCAGUGUUAUUUACACAAACUAUAUAAUGUAAUAAUAAUAAUUACCAAUGAUCAAAUAACAUUCCAUAUUCAACUAUCUAGACAUGUUCUUCAUAUCAUAACCCCAAUGCUUCCUACCUAUGUCAAUAUAGCCCAACUAUCACUACUUCCUGUCACCCUCUUACGAAAUCAUGUCAUUAGUAAAUCGUAUCCACAAACCACUACUACCUAAUAACAUAUUUUCAUAGACCUUGCUAGAAAUAAUUAUUUUAAUACCAGUCUACUUAAGCAAUCCAAUUCAACCUUUCACAUCUCCCAAUAAACCUAUUUAACCUUCUUCAAACAAUUCAAUUCAACAUUAAUUCAACAUGUCUCGUCACCCAAUGAACUUACUUACUUUGUAAACCCUCUACAAUAUCUAUUAUUCUCUAUCGCUAACUUUCCAUAUAACGUUACCUCAACAAAAUAUAAAUUAUUGUGAAGUUAUAGUCAAAACAAAUAAAACAUAUAUUCACCGAUAUGCAACUUUAAUUACUAUGUUAUACUAUUCGCUAUGUGCUGGUAAGACAAUUCCUUUCACGUAAUGUUAUCAAUUCAUCUUAAAGCUCUUUGACGUUCAUCGAGACCCAGUUGCUAACACCCACAUACAAAAAUGGAAACCCCUUCUUACUAGUAUACCAAAUAACAUCCAUGCUCAAACCGCGUUCUACAUUUACCUCUAUCGUAGGGUUUAAAAACUAACGUAACAACAUUAACCAUCCUAAAUUGCUGUAGUAACGUCAUGUUGGUUCAGUUUAUCUAUUACGAUAGUAUGUCCAUAAUACUUCUAACAAAGCUACAUUAUCCCUAGUGUUUGUUUAAUAUUCCUAUUAUUCUCUAAGUUCCCUUGCUUCACUUUUCAUGAAUAUAAGACAUUCACUUCUCCAUGCGUCGUAAACUAUAUCCUAUUUCCCCUGCAAUCAACUAAGGUUAUAAUCACAGCUCAUCUGAAAACAACACUCCUCCAUUAUCAGAAUAUAGCAGAUGUAGGUAACUAUCCUUUCUACGUAGGCUACAAGUAAGACCAAACACUUGCUGUAGUUUACCAUCAUAUAUUGAAUUCAUAUCCAUAUUAUCAAUAUCCAAUGUAUUUAUAGACAUUACGCCACCAUUCUCAAUCGUUUAAUCUAGCAAACCCUUAGUCAACGCCCUAAAAUAAAUAACUACCACUCAAUCGUCUCGCAAUUCCUGUUAAAUAAGUGAGUAUUUUUAUUUAAACCACGUACCACGCUACAAAUCUUCCCUUCUACAUCACCAAACCAAAUACUUUGUAGUAUCCAUUCAAGCAACACAUACAAUCAUAUGAAUUACACUCAUAAAUACAGAUUUUAGUCAGUACCAUUGAACCGAUGCCUUUUGAAAAGACAAUAAGUCCCACAAGUAGCCCAACUACAAUGGUUUGUAGUCUUAACCUCUGGUACAUAAUAACGACACAAUUUCAAGAAAAUAGCCUUAAAAAAAUAUUUCAAGUGUUUCUUUGCAAAGAUCUCACAUGCUCAAAAUGAAUAAAUUAGCAAUCAACGAGUCAGAAAACACAGACUUUCCACUACUCUCUAAAAUAACAUCAAGCUCUAUUUACCACUCCUUGAUAUUCUAUGACCUUAUUAUGUUAUAUAUCGUAACUUCUUAUCCAAACUUAUAUCAAAUUAUUAUACCCAUUUAUAGAACUUAUUUUGCACCCUUCAGAUUCAAAUUACCUUCUGCUCUUUGUUCAUAAAAUAGCCCAUGAUGUCCCAUUAAAUUACUUAACUUUACAUUACUUUUACAAAAUACUUAUUCUAACUGCGGAUUUGCUUGUAAUAAUUUCGUCAUUUCCUGUCUCUCACUUCGAAUUAAAUGAAGCUCUGAUUUACUCUUAAUGGUGACUUUUUAAAAAUAUAUAUAUACCGGUCUACUAAGCUGGCCAUUGAUAACUGUUAUUAGUACAUGCAAUUGUUAGUAAUUAAACACUUCUAAAAUCUCCAUCCUGAUAUGUAUUAAAAUCUAGUUUUCCUUUAAAUGUCAUUUUGGUGCUAUGAUUCAAUAUGUUACAUUUAAUCGGCUCCCUCUCCUGGCCGUUUUGAGUAUUUCACCAUCUAUUUCAUUUUAUGAUGUUCUCCCACAUCUAAAAGGUCUGUAAUCUAUUAUUUUAUAAUGUCUUACACACUACGGGACUAAAAACCAACUCUAUUUCAUUUUAUGAUGUAUCCUAGCUUACAUCAAAGGUGCCUUGCCCAUUCUCUUUAUGAUGUAUCUAACAUCAAGGGUUUACCUGAGCCCACUCUUUUUUAUAAUGUACUGUUUUACAUUAAUGAAUUAAUCCACUCUCUCCUCAUGAUGUACUUAACAUCAUAGAUGCCCUGCGCCUAUUCGUUUGUCCACUUAUUGCCUUUACUCAGUACUUUAAACACACUCUAUUUUUGAAUCAUAACACCAUGUCAUAGUCCAAUGUGAUAUUCUCCUUACGUCCCUUACAUAACUCAAUACCACUCAUCGUCCCCCUUUUAAAAUAUAGAAUUUUAAAAGUCAGUUACAGCUAAGCCUUACCACAGAUAAGCAGAAUUUGACAUAAUCCAAAAAAAGUCUGCUUACCUGUUAGUUUGGCUGUGAACUGCAUCCUGUUUGUUUAGACGCCAAUCUGUUAUGAUGAGUUUCUAGUAUUGAGAAGUGAGGAUGCAAGAAUUUACUUAGACAUUCUGUGGAGAUUUUAUACCAAGUAUUUAUUGGAUCACGAGCUCGUGGGUUCAUCUAACAAACGGACAUAGCCUUGCCCCCAUUGUCAGUUGAACUGCCCACACACACAAAUCUCACAGUUUUUAUACUCUUGGUUAUCCUUCCUUUCACAUACAUCUGGCAACCAUCAUAGGCACUCCCUUUCUGAUGUUAUUACUCUUUACCCCAAGUCAGUAUAUCCAGUAUAUCCUGUCCAUCCAUCAUGCUAUCCUAAACAUCAGUAAUCUCCUUUGACAUAAGGAAUGUUGACUCAGUGGAACCAAGUCAAUUAUCCCCUAACUCUUCCCUUGUCCACACAAUACUAUGACAUGACAUCAUUACAACUACAGAUAUCAUACCAGGAGGGUUAAUUGAGUUUAAUUAUUUAGUGAUAAUAGUAAUAGACUUCAAUUAUGACCCCUGUUGUUUCUCAAUCGUAACAUUUUAGUUAAUAACUUAAGUUUAAUCACUUAAUUAAGUUUGCAAUAAUAUCCAAUAGUUCAAUGUCAACAAACUACUCAGUCAAGUUAGCGAAGACAGCAUAGAGCCGUAACUACAUGGAACUCUAUUUCGCAACAUGUUAGCAAAGACAGAGCAGGAAGUUUCUAAGACAGUACUCUAAUGUGCUCUAGGUUGUCAGAGUUGCCAUUGUCUCCCUUAUAAGAUUAAAGCCAGUUCUUUGAGCAUCAGAGCUGCUUUUUCUCUUGCUCUGACAGUAUUGUCUGUCAGACCCUCACUCAAAGCAGUCAGGGCAGAUCUGCCGUCCGCUGUCCGACAGGGCUGAUCAAUAGCACGCAGAGCCCGGUAAUCUUUAAAAAAUGUCCUUUUUAAUGAGCUUCUCUCUGUAAACCCAACCGCUUUGCUUUGGUCUCCUCCUUCAUUCUAUAUUUGUAUCUCUUUAUCUUUUACGAGUUUUGGUCUAGGCUUACCCAUAGAAGACAGUGAGAAGGUUAUCAAUUUAUCCUCCCAGAUUUCCCCUCUCUAAAUAUCUCUGUCUUCCCUCCUCUUCCCUCUCACUUGAGCAGUUGCUUGUUUUUACUCUUUUGGGAGCUAAAUGUAUUGUAUUUUUUCUAAGUUUAAUAUUCUGUUAGUCAACACCUCUCCAACUUUUUGGGAUGUGUGUCAACUCAUGCUUUUAAAUAGAUAGUUUUUUCUCUUUUGACACAGUAAAAAAGGAUUGAAAUGGAAUCAUCUGUCUCUCCCUCACUUUCCCUCAACCCCCCCCCACCACAUCUCCCUUCUCCUUCCUCCCUCUCUCCCCCCAGGUGUUGGAGGUGCCGUCGGGGACCCCCCUAGCCACUCUGCAGGGUCACACCAGGACAGUGCUCCACUGCCAGUUCACCCCAGAGGGACACACACUGAUCACCUCCUCUGAGGACACCACCAUACGGGUGGGGCUCUUCUCUCUCUCUUCCUCAUCCUUCUAUCUUCUCUUCUUCUUCUCUUCUAUGGUUUGUUCUUUCCCUCCAUGUGUGUGCGUGUGAUGUUUUCGGACUGUUCCGCUCUGUCACCCCUAACAGCUCUCCUCUACUGUUCCACCUCACUGAACAUAUCCUCUCAUCUCCUCUCCUCUUUUUCUCUCCUCUCCUCUGUUUUUAGGACAGCCUGUCCACUGCUAGACCUAUCUGCUUAUUAUAAGUAUACACACACACACACACACACACACACACACACACACACACACACACACACACACACACACACACACACACACACACACACUAUCCAAAGCACCACCUUGCUGCCUAUCAGAACAGCACAGCCUCACUCUGUAUUCAUCUUACUCUAUAUUCCCUUACUAUCAAUGGGCCAUCUCCUGUGUAUUCCCUUACUAUCCAUGGACCAUCUACAGUGGGGAAAAAAAGUAUUUAGUCAGCCACCAAUUGUGCAAGUUCUCCCACUUAAAAAGAUGAGAGGCCUGUAAUUUUCAUCAUAGGUACACGUCAACUAUGACAGACAAAAUGAGAAAAUAAAAUCCAGAAAAUCACAUUGUAGGAUUUUUUAUGAAUUUAUUUGCAAAUUAUAGUGGAAAAUAAGUAUUUGGUCAAUAACAAAAGUUUCUCAAUACUUUGUUAUAUACCCUUUGUUGGCAAUGACACAGGUCAAACGUUUUCUGUAAGUCUUCACAAGGUUUUCACACACUGUUGCUGGUAUUUUGGCCCAUUCCUCUAUGCAGAUCUCCUCUAGAGCAGUGAUGUUUUGGGGCUGUCGCUGGGCAACACGGACUUUCAACUCCCUCCAAAGAUUUUCUAUGGGGUUGAGAUCUGGAGACUGGCUAGGCCACUCCAGGACCUUGAAAUGCUUCUUACGAAGCCACUCCUUCGUUGCCCGGGCGGUGUGUUUUGGAUCAUUGUCAUGCUGAAAGACCCAGCCACGUUUCAUCUUCAAUGCCCUUGCUGAUGGAAGGAGGUUUUCACUCAAAAUCUCACGAUACAUGGCCCCAUUCAUUCUUUCCUUUACACGGAUCAGUCGUCCUGGUCCCUUUGCAGAAAAACAGCCCCAAAGCAUGAUGUUUCCACCCCCAUGCUUCACAGUAGGUAUGGUGUUCUUUGGAUGCAACUCAGCAUUCUUUGUCCUCCAAACACGACAAGUUGAGUUUUUACCAAAAGGUUCUAUUUUGUUUUCAUCUGACCAUAUGACAUUCUCCCAAUCCUCUUCUGGAUCAUCCAAAUGCACUCUAGCAAACUUCAGACGGGCCUGGACAUGUACUGGCUUAAGCAGGGGGACACGUCUGGCACUGCAGGAUUUGAGUCCCUGGCGGCGUAGCGUGUUACUGAUGGUAGGCUUUGUUACUUUGGUCCCAGCUCUCUGCAGGUCAUUCACUAGGUCCCCACGUGUGGUUCUGGGAUUUUUGCUCACCGUUCUUGUGAUCAUUUUGACCCCACGGGGUGAGAUCUUGCGUGGAGCCCCAGAUCGAGGGAGAUUAUCAGUGGUCUUGUAUGUCUUCCAUUUCCUAAUAAUUGCUCCCACAGUUGAUUUCUUCAAACCAAGCUGCUUACCUAUUGCAGAUUCAGUCUUCCCAGCCUGGUGCAGGUCUACAAUUUUGUUUCUGGUGUCAUUUGACAGCUCUUUGGUCUUGGCCAUAGUGGAGUUUGGAGUGUGACUGUUUGAGGUUGUGGACAGGUGUCUUUUAUACUGAUAACAAGUUCAAACAGGUGCCAUUAAUACAGGUAACGAGUGGAGGACAGAGGACCCUCUUAAAGAAGAAGUUACAGGUCUGUGAGAGCCAGAAAUCUUGCUUGUUUGUAGGUGACCAAAUACUUAUUUUCCACCAUAAUUUGCAAAUAAAUUCAUUAAAAAUCCUCAAUCCUCAAUUUGUCUAUCAUAGUUGAUGUGUACCUAUGAUGAAAAUUACAGGCCUCUCUCAUCUUUUUAAGUCAGAGAACUUGCACAAUUGGUGGCUGACUAAAUACUUUUUUCCCCCACUGUAUAUUCAAAUGAAUACUGUUUGGGUUGCUUUGCUGAAAAGGGAAUAUUUGGUAGAUAGAUUCACUGAGGAAAUGCUGACCUAUAGGGAAUGUGAAUCGCUCUACACAGUAAACAUAGCUGUUACUCUGAUGACCGCUGACUUCUGGAGCGGUGAGGGGGAUGAAUGGUACAUUCACAAACCCACCAUUGGUAAGAGUUUGAUGUGUCAAUAAUUGUCUGAGAUUUCUGCAUAGGGGCCAAUAGACUGCCCAGUGUCCAUUCCUUCCUAGCAGCUGAAUACUCACCUGGUGAUAUAGGUGGGUUAUCAGGGCGAGAGAUAGGAGGCUGGGUGACUAAAGGGGUGGGGGAGGGGAAGGGGGAAGAGACGCAAAAAAGGGGGGGGGAUAGAGAUGCGCGGCAAAGAAGAGGUAGAGAUAGAAGGCCCCAAGUACGAGGUAUGAUAGUUUCUGGGCUAGAGGGCGAGGAAAAGAGAGAGAAAACCUCCCUCGGUCUCCUCUCGUCUCUCUUUCUGUCUCUAUCUUGUCGGGGGGCCCCCGGGGGGUUUUUUCCUACUCUUCGGUCUCUAUGCCUUCUGCCUUCUGUUCUCUCUUGUCUCUCGCUCAUCUCUCUUUUCCCCUUACUGUUUUACUUAUGCUCAUCUCUCUUAAAUUCUCGUCUUCUGUCUCUCUUGUCUCUCGGCCCUCUGUCCUCUUCUUCUCUCUCUCUUCUCUCUCUUUUUCUCUCUCUCUCGCUCCUCUUUCCCCCUCCCCCUCUCUUCGUUUUUCUGUCUCUGUCCUCUCCCACCCCUGUAGGUGUGGAGGUGGAGGACAGGUGAGUGUGUGGUGCUGGAGGGCCACAAGGAGCAGGUCAGAUGCUUCUCUCUGCUCACCACCUCACCCUCCUCAGAGACACAUCUCCUCAGCUGGUCCUUUGACGGCACCAUUAAGGUAAUACAACCCACGUAUGCAGUACAUUAGACAGACAGACAGACAGACAGUAAGACCGAGAUAGAUUCAUGCAAAACCUGUUAAAAGCAACAUGUUACGAUCAACGUGCACUUACAUGAACUAAAGAAUGUUUACUAGAGGGAGGUGAGGGAGGUCCCCUGUAGCUCAGUUGGUAGAACAUGGCGCUUGCAUCGCCAGGGUUGUGGGUUCGUUUCCCACGGGGGGCCAGUAUGAAAAAUUUAUGCACUCACAAACUGUAAGUCGCUCUGGAUAAGAGCGUCUGCUAAAUGACUAAAAUGUAAAUGUAAGGUGACACAGAAAGCUGUUUCUCGCCUCUCUCUCCCUCCCCCCAGGUGUGGAACAUGUCUAGUGGUGAACGGCUGCAGGACCUAAUGUGUCACCAGGGAGCGGUGCUAGCCUGUGACGUGUCGCCUGACGGACAGCUCUUCGCCACCACCUCCGCCGACAAGACCGCCAAGGUAAAACACACACACACGUGUCAUCAGUAUGGGACAGAACGUAGCCUAAAUCCUUAGAUCUGUGUGAGACAGACAUGUUGUCUUUAUCAUGAUCCUUUCACAAACGUUUGUAUAGUGUGCAUUAUUAUGUGGACAACUAAAGGUAAUUGGUAGCUUGAGGUGGACAUGAAGCAGAUGGUUACUGCGGUUGUUAACUUAGCCAGCGGUCAAGCCGCCCACUCGCCUCCCUGUCUCUCCAGCGGUCAAGCUGCCCACUCGCAUCCCUGUCUGUCCAGCGGUCAAGCCGCCCACUCGCCUCCCUGUCUCUCCAGCGGUCAAGCUGCCCACUCGCCUCCCUGUCUUUCCAGUGUUCAAGCUGCCCACUCGCCUCCCUGUCUUUCCAGCGGUCAAGCUGCCCACUCGCCUCCCUGUCUCUCCAGCGGUCAUUAAGUCUGACUGCAACCUACAGACCGUACCGCUGCCCUCUCCUCUCCUCCUGCCUAGCAUUGUGUGUGUGUGUGUGUGUGUGUGUGUGUGUGAGAGAGCAGGCUGCUGCUGUGCGGUUGACUUUGAUUGACACUGUGGGUUGGGACAGGAUCUCUCCUCUGACUAGGUUUUCACUCUGUCACCUUCCUGUGUUUUUGACCUGAUCUAUCUUUUGUUUCUUUCUUUCUUUUCUUUCUUUCUUUCUUUCUUUCUUUCUUUCUUUCUUUCUUUCUUUCUUUCUUUCUUUCUUUCUUUCUUUCUUUCUUUCUUUCUUUCUUUCUUUCUUUCUUUCUUUCUUCUUUCUUUCUUUCUUUCUUUCUUUCUUUCUUUCUGUCUUCUGUCUGUCUGUCUGUCUGUCUGUCUGUCUGUCUGUCUGUCUGUCUGUCUGUCUGUCUGUCUGUCUGUCUGUCUGUCUGUCUGUCUGUCUGUCUGUCUGUCUGUCUGUCUGUCUGUCUGUCUGUCUGUCUGUCUGUCUGUCUGUCUGUCUGUCUGUCUGUCUGUCUGUCUGUCUGUCUGUCUGUCUGUCUGUCUCAGGAUCAUUGAGUUGGUCACUCACUCUGUGGGAAUGCCUAUUAGGUCAGCAUCCAAAUUGUCAUUGAAUGAUUGCAUGUUUCUGGUGUGGCUACCGAGGUGUGGUAAUGGCUCAUAGCUGGUGUUCCCAUUAACCACACUGUUUAUUUCUGUUCACCAGACCAGCAUGCUUUCAUUAGUGCUUUGGACCUAGACACUCUGGUAAUGAUGUGUAAUAGUAGUCUGAAGGGCUGGCCAUGGUUCAGCCACACACAACAGACAGACAGAGAGACAAUUUACUAAGAGUAUUCUUUAUUAGAUGUACUUUACAUACUGAUGGGAUUAAAUUAAAAUAGCAUUAUGGUAUGGGCAGUAUCAUCUAUCAAAGAAGCAGCUGGGAUGCUUUAAUUCAUGUCAGACUUCAUUAUCAGUGAGCGCUUGUUCCAUUCUUUAAGUUGAGCGGUCUACCAGCCUAGCGUCAUAGAAAAACAAUAGGCAAUUAGGCCCUUCGGGGAUAAAUUAAGUUUAUUCAGUUGAAUUGACCAAGGCACUCUUCAUAUAGAAGUGGUCUAACCAAAAUUGCUAUGGCGUGUUCAAAAUAACAUAUUUGAAAAUUGUUUUAUUUUAUUUUAGACAUUGGCUUUCGUCAGUAAGUGAAACCUUUGUAACCUCUGACCUCCCAUUUCUCCUCUCAUUGGCCCUCAGGUGUGGAGCAGUGCAUCGUGGGAGUGUGUGUGCCCGUUGAACGGCCACAAGGACUGUGUCCGCAGCUGCCGCUUCUCUUGGGACGGCCGGCGCCUAGCGACCGGCGACGACAACGGAGAGAUACGGGUGGGUAGGGAUAGAGGGAUGGAAGGGUGUGGGAGUGGGGAGAGGAGUGAGUGAGUAAAGGGGGGUGGGCAUUAGGAGGGAAGGGUAAGUAACAGAGGGAGUGAGCACAUGAGUGAAGGAAGGAGCAAUAGAAAAAAAAGAGAGAGAAGUGCUGCACCUCUCAAGAGACGGAGAGGAGAGGAGAGGAGAGGAGAGGAGAGGAGAGGAGAGGAGAGGAGAGGAGAGGAGAGGAGAGGAGAGGAGAGGAGAGGAGAGGAGAGGAGAGGAGAGGAGAAGAGAGGGGAGGGGAGAGGAACAGGUGUGCAGGUCGGCAGGGGAGAUGAAGAGGAAGGAAAGAAGGCAGAGGAGGAGUGUGAUAGCAGGAGAGAAGAGGAAGUAGAAGACAGUCAGCCAAAUUUAAUCUCGGCAUCUUCAUAGAUCCUAGAGAAAGAGAGAAGGAGAGAUGGAGAACUAAAGAGAGAGGGAGAAGGGAUGAGGGAAAUGAAGAACAAUUAAAGAGAAAAACAAGGAGUGAGAGAAAGAGAGAGGGACAGACUAGGGAAUUAAGAAAUGAGAGAGACAGAGGGACCUGUCUGUUCCUCUCCAAUCACAUUGUUGCUCUACCAGCUGCUUUCCACAAACUAUCCCUGGCUGGCUGCCUGACUAGUCCAUUUGGACUACACUCCAAAAUUUGUGAGUACACUCCAAAGUUUUCAAACCUGAAAAGUGAUCUAAUGUCGAGAUCUCAUGCCACUUCUCAGGUUUGAAAACAACUGACAAACUUUUAUUUUGGAGUGAACUGUCACUUUAAAAUCAUUUCAUAAAAUCAUAUCUCGUCAAGCAUCCAGGGUUGUGUUCAUUAGGCACCAAACAGAAGGAAACGGACUAAUCCACAAGAUUGAAAUACAGUACAUAGAGUCGAAUAUAUGCCCCUCUUGUUUCAAUGGAAACACAUGAGUCAUUCUCAGUGAAUCAUGCAAGGUGUUAAAUAUAGUAUGUUCUGUGUCCUAUAUGGAUAGGACAGUAUGGCUCAUGGUUGUUAGUAGCAUAACUCCAGUCUUAAAAUGGCGGGUUGUUUUGUGUCUCUAUGGUGCUUUAUUGAUCAGUGAAAUUAGUCAUUGAUUUGCUUGGAAAGGUACAGUUGAAAAGCACAAGAUACUGUAACAUUCAAGGACUGGAUUCUUGCACACCUAACUGUAGAUGACUGUAUGCCUAUAAGGUUGGUAGUCACCAGAUGGCCAUGUUAGAAAGUACUAAAGUAGCCCGAAAAGUACAGUAACUAUUUGUUGUUGAUUUUAGUUUGUAGUUCUGGUUAAGGUUGGGGUUAGAUAUUUUAUGCUCGUCUAGUCAAAAAGGUUGUAAGGUUCCUGAGAUAGAAGGUUGAUAAUAAGUCCCAUGGCAGUCAUACACCCCACCAUUUUUAACUGCUAGGUCUCAUUAAUUUCUCUCAUUUCUCAUUAGUUUGUCUCAUGUGUGUCUCCUGUCUCAGCUGUGGAACGUGAAGGAUGGUACUCUGCUAAAGAUCUGUUCCCGUGACAACAAAGACGCCAUGGACUCUCUGCACGGAGGCUGGGUGACUGACCUGCACUUCUCCCCAGACAACACUGUGCUGCUGUCUACAGGAGGAUACAUUAAGGUAGGAGACACACACACGCUUGCACGGAGACACACACACUUGUACGGAGACACACACACAAACACGUAGAGACAGAUAGACACGAGCGUGCACACACACACACACUAAUGGGAACAAACCAAGGUUUAAAACACUAUCGACCAGAGCCCCUGUCCCCUGGGGAUUACAUCAUCACUGCCUGGUUAAAAAGCCAAUCAGAGCCCGGCUGAGGCUGACCCCCAGGUGAUCCGUCCUUCUGUAAAACUGGAGGUAAUCAGAGAGGAGUAACACACACACUUACAUACACGAACACAGACACAGACACAGACUCCACAAUCCAAUUAGGUCGAGAGAGGAUGAUAUAUGAAAUCUCACUCUCACUGUGACUCCUGCUUUGGGAGGACUAUAAACCUACGAUGGUGUAAGAAAACUUGGGGGCAUUACAUUUUGCAUACGUGGGCGUGUUGUGGUGUGGUGUAUGCGUGGGUGGGUGGGUGUGUGUGUGGUUGGGUUUGUAUGUGGUGUGUGUGUCGGUGGGUGUGGGCGUGUGUGUGUGGUGGGUGGGUGGGUGUGUGUGGGUAGGCGUGGGUGGGUGUGUGUGGGUGUGUGUGGGUGGGUGUGAGAGGAGAGAUAGGGAGUUUCAUGCCCGAGUGAUUUCAGGGAAAUUCAACAGCAGCAUUUCUUAUCUCACUUGUCUCCUCCACUCUGAAUUCCAAAAGCCUUCCAAAAUGUAUGAAGCAUGAUAUUAAACCAGUGAUUUUAAGGUACAUUGGAUCAAUGUAAUGGAUUUUUUUUUAUUCUGAUGCCUCUCCACACAUCAACUCUCAUGCUUGGCUCUUUUUAUGUGAUAUUGAAGUGUCUGUUUUCAAUCAAACUGGUUACCAAGUAUCCAAGAAACACAAAAUAUAUUGACUGCAUGUUAAUUUCAAACUUCCUGCUCUCGCAGUUGUUAGCUAGCCUUUUUUAAAUCUUUCUUGGGAAAUGAGCGAACUAUUUUCUACUGAUGAGAGCCCCAAGUCAUUCAGCCCGUUGCGAUCAGUCAUUAUGUUGUGCAUAGUGUCAAUGAGUCAACUCCAUGGAUACUGAUGGAGAACUUAACCACUAAACUUAAUGAGUCAACUCCAUGGAUACUGAUGGAGAACUUAACUACUAGACUUAAUGAGUCAACUCCAUGGAUACUGAUGGAGAACUUAACUACUAGACUUAAUGAGUCAACUCCAUGGAUACUGAUGGAGAACUUAACUACUAGACUUAAUGAGUCAACUCCAUGGAUACUGAUGGAGAACUUAACUACUAAUUAUAUCAUUACCUCCUGAUGACACUCGCUCUUAUCCAGAGUGGUAGAACGACAGAAUACAUAUACCUCUUCAUCACUCUAUCACUUCCUCUUUCCCCCUUUCCCUCAUUCCAUUUCCUGAGACGCGUUGACUUGAUGGAUCUGAGCAUGUGUGGAUGUAAUGAGCAGUGAUUGAUUAUUAUGCCUGUCUGCGCUGAAGAGGCCAAUCCCUUGUAAUGAGCGUUGAUUGAUUUAUCGUGGGUGAGAGGUGAGCUGUCAGUCAUAAUAAUUGCCGUGGCAGCUGUGUAUUCAUAGUUCAACGCUGGCAAAUUUAGCCUGGGGAGCUGUGGGUCAGAAUAAAUAAAAUGGACUAAUUGCAUCUGUAUGUAUUAACAGUGGGCCUUAUUCAAUCCAAACCUGUAUCCAGAUUUCAGCUGGAAAUUACUAAAAAAAAGAUAUGAGAGCCAGUUUCAUCAUAGCGCUUGAUGGUUUUUGUGACUGCACUUGAAGAAACUUUCAAAGGUCUUGAAAUUUUCCGGAUGGACUGUCGUUUCUCUUUGCUUAUUUGAACGGUUCUUGCCAUAAUAUGGACUCGGUAUUUUACCAAAUAGGGCUAUAUUCUAUAUACCACCCCUACCUUGUCACAACACAACUGAUUGGCUCAAACGCAUUAAGAAGGAAAGAAAUUCCACAAAUUAACUUUUAAGAAGGCACACCUGUUAAUUGAAAUGCAUUCCAGGUGACUACCUCAUGAAGCUGGUUGAGAGAAUGCCAAGAGUGUGCAAAGCUGUCAUCAAGGCAAAGGGUGGCUACUUUGAAGAAUCUCAAAUAUAUAAUAUAUUUUGAUUUGUUUAACACUUUUUUGGUUAACACAUGAUUCCAUAUGUGUUAUUUCAUAGUUUUGAUGUCUUCACUAUUAUUCUACAAUGUAGAAAAUAGUAAAAAAAUAAAGAAAAACCCAUGAAUCAGUAGAUGUGUCUAAACUUUUUACUGGUACUGUAUAUUUCAUAUGACAAAGCUUUUUUGUUUGUUUUACAAGAUACAAAAUGUUGAAUUUAUUACAUAAUUUAUUACAUUAUCAACAUGUAUCACAUUGCUCAUUUAUCACAUUAGCGAGAAAGAUUGACCCUAUCCCCUCCUCUUUUCUCCAGACCAUUUCCGGAGACCUUCUCCCUUACCUCACCUCGCUCAUCAACUCAUCCUUGUCCGCUGGCUAUGUCCCUUCCAUCUUCAAGAAAGCGAGAGUUGCACCCCUCCUCAAAAAACCUACACUCGAUCCCUCCGACCAGUAUCCCUUUUUUCUUUUCUCUCCAAAACUCUUGAGCGUGCCGUCUAUAGCCAACUCUCCUGCUAUCUCUCUCAGAAUUACCUUCUUGAUCCAAACCAGUCAGGUUUCAAGACUGGUCAUUCAACUGAGACUGCUCUUCUCUGUGUCAUGGAGGCUCUCAGCACUGCUAAAGCUAACUCUCUCUCCUCUGCUCUCAUCCUUCUAAACCUAUCUGCUGCCUUUGAUACUGUGAACCAUCAGAUCCUCCUCUCCACCCGCUCCGAGUUGGGCAUCUCCGGCGCGGCUCACUCUUGGAUUGCGUCCUAACUGACAGGUCGCUCCUACCAGGUGGCGUGGCGAGAAUCUGUCUCCGCACCACGUGCUCUCACCACUUGUGUCCCCCAGGGCUCAGUUCUAGGCCCUCUCAUAUUCUCUCUAUACACCAAGUCACUUGGCUCUGUCAUAUCCUCACAUGGUCUCUCCUAUCAUUGCUACGCAGACGACACACAAUUAAUCUUCUCCUUUCCCCCUUCUGAUAACCAGGUGGCGAAUCUCAUCUCUGCAUGUCUGGCAGACAUAUCAGUGUGGAUGUCGGAUCACCACCUCAAGCUGAACCUCGGCAAGACAGAGCUGCUUUUCCUCCCGGGGAAGGACUGCCCGAUCCAUGAUCUCGCCAUCACGGUUGACAACUUCGUUGUGUCCUCCUCCCAGAGUGCAAAGAACCUUGGCGUGACCCUGGACAACACCCUGUCGUUCUCCGCUAACUUCAAAGCGGUGACCCGAUCCUGUAGGUUCAUACUCUACAACAUUCGCAGAGUACGACCCUACCUUACAAAGGAAGCGGCACAGGUCCUAAUCCAGGCACUUGUCAUCUCCCGUCUGGAUUACUGCAACUCGCUGUUGGUUGGGCUCCCUGCCUGUGUCAUUAAACCCCUACAACUCAUCCAGAAUGCUGCACCCCGUCUGGUGUUCAACCUUCCCAAGUUCUCUCACGUCACCCCAGUUGAAGCUCGCAUCUGCUACAAGACCAUGGUGCUUGCCUACGGAGCUGUGAGGGGAACGGCACUUCCUUACCUUCAGGCUCUGAUCAGUCCAUACACCCAAACGAGGGCAUUGCGUACUUCCACCUCUGGCCUGCUGGUCCCCCUACCUCUGCGGAAGCACAGAUUCCGCUCAGCCCAGUCAAAACUGUUCGCUGCUCUGGCACCCCAAUGGUGGAACAAUCUCCCUCACGACACCAGGACAGCAGUCACUGACCACCUUCCGGAGACACUUGAAACCCUACCUCUUUAAGGAAUACCUGGGAUAGUAUAAAGUAAUCAUUCUACCCCCAUCUACCCCCCCCCCCCCCCCCCCCCCCCCCCCCCCCCAAAAAAAAAAUAUAUAUAUAUAUACAGUGGGGAGAACAAGUAUUUGAUACACUGCCGAUUUUGCAGGUUUUCCUACUUACAAAGCAUGUAGAGGUCUGUAAUUUUUAUCCAGAAAAUCACAUUGUAUGAUUUUAAAGUAAUUCAUUUGCAUUUUAUUGCAUGACAUAAGUAUUUGAUCACCUACCAACCAGUAAGAAUUCCGGCUCUCACAGACCUGUUAGUUUUUCUUUAAGAAGCCCUCCUGUUCUCCACUCAUUACCUGUAUUAACUGCACCUGUUUGAACUCGUUACCUGUAUAAAAGACACCUGUCCACACACUCAAUCAAACAGACUCCAACCUCUCCACAAUGGCCAAGACCAGAGAGCUGUGUAAGGACAUCAGGGAUAAAAUUGUAGACCUGCACAAGGCUGGGAUGGGCUACAGGACAAUAGGCAAGCAGCUUGGUGAGAAGGCAACAACUGUUGGCGCAAUUAUUAGAAAAUGGAAGAAGUUCAAGACGACAGUCAAUCACCCUCGGUCUGGGGCUCCAUGCAAGAUCUCACCUCGUGGGGCAUCAAUGAUCAUGAGGAAGGUGAGGGAUCAGCCCAGAACUACACGGCAGGACCUGGUCAAUGACCUGAAGAGAGCUGGGACCACAGUCUCAAAGAAAACCAUUAGUAACACACUACGCCGUCAUGGAUUAAAAUCCUGCAGCGCACGCAAGGUCCCCCUGCUCAAGCCAGCGCAUGUCCAGGCCCGUCUGAAGUUUGCCAAUGACCAUCUGAAUGAUCCAGAGGAGGAAUGGGAGAGGGUCAUGUGGUCUGAUGAGACAAAAAUAUAGCUUUUUGGUCUAAACUUCACUCGCCGUGUUUGGAGGAAGAAGAACGAUGAGUACAACCCCAAGAACACCAUCCCAACUGUGAAGCAUGGAGGUGGAAACAUCAUUAUUUGGGGAUGCUUUUCUGCAAAGGGGACAGGACGACUGCACCGUAUUGAGGGGAGGAUGGAUGGGGCCAUGUAUCGUGAGAUCUUGGCCAACAACCUCCUUCCCUCAGUAAGAGCAUUGAAGAUGGGUCGUGGCUGGGUCUUCCAGCAUGACAACGACCCGAAACACACAGCCAGGGCAACUAAGGAGUGUAAGAAGCAUCUCGAGGUUCUGGAGUGGCCUAGCCAGUCUCCAGACCUGAACCCAAUAGAAAUUCUUUGGAGGGAGCUGAAAGUCCGUAUUGCCCAGCGACAGCCCCGAAACCUGAAGGAUCUGGAGAAGGUCUGUAUGGAGGAGUGGGCCAAAAUCCCUGCUUUAGUGUGUGCAAACCUGGUCAAGACCUACAGGAAACGUAUGAUCUCUGUAAUUGCAAACAAAGGUUUCUGUACCAAAUAUUAAGUUCUGCUUUUCUGAUGUAUCAAAUACGUAUGUCAUGUAAUAAAAUGCAAAUUAAUUACUUAAAAAUCAUACAAUGUGAUUUUCUGGAUUUUUGUUUUAGUUUCCAUCUCUCACAGUUUAAGUGUACUACCUAUGAUAAAAAUUACAGACCUCUACAUGCUUUGUAAGUAGGAAAACCUGCAAAAUUGGCAGUGUAUCAAAUACUUGUUCUCCCCACUGUAUAUAUAAAGAAAAAAGAAAAAAUGAGAAAAAAAUAGUUUAAAAAAUUAAAACGAUUAUGGUAAAAUCUUUAAAUAAAAAGGUAAAAGGUAAUUUUUUUAAAUGAAAAAUAAUAAAACGAUACAAAAAAGAUAUAUAUAAAACAAAUACAAAUUAUAAAUAUACUAUAAAAAUGAAGAUUUAAAAAAUUUGUAAAAUAGGAAAAAUAAUAUUGUAAAGUUGUUGUCCCACUGGCUAUCAUAAGGUGAAUGCACCAAUUUGUAAGUCGCUCUGGAUAAGAGCGUCUGCUCAAUGACAUAAAUGUAAAUGUAAAGAUGUCAUGUUACCUGGAAACCAUGUUACCUGGAAACCAUAUUAUUAUGGGUUUUGAUUGAUUAAGGCUUAGUUUGUACUGUAGCCUUGUCUGCCUGAAUAAGACCAUGUCUUUCCAAAUGUUGUUUUUGUAUCACGCUGUAUGAAAACUAACUUGUGGAAGCAGCCAACAGUGAGCAGACCUUAUCAUUACAGACGUGUGUGUUCAGUAGAAGUGGUGCUGAUGGGAUCAGUGUUUCUGUAAUGUUGAUUCACUAAAGCUAGUCUCCCUGAUGUCUGUCACCCCCUAUUUGGCUCCUCCUUAUGGCUUCCUGGAGUAACUUCCCACCAUAACACUCACACUAUCUCUAUAUUUAAAGGAGAUUAUCUCUCUCUCUAUAUUCUCCUCUCUCUGUCCAUCACUGGUCCCAUUCCAUGCCCCCCCUCUGCCUCCUCUCUCUUUAUUUACCUAUUUCUCUCUCUCUCUUCAUGCACUCUCUCCUUUUCUCUGUCUCCAUCUCUAGUCCUUUUCCAUGCCCCAUCUACCUCUCUCUCUCUCUCUCUCUCUCUCUCUCUCUCUCUCUCUCUCUCUCUCUCUCUCUCUCUCUCGCUACCUCUCUCUCUCGCUACCUCUCUCUCUCGCUACCUCUCUGUCUCUGUCUGGUCCAUUUGGACAGGUAUUAUCAGGUAGUGUAAUUAAAAGCAGCAGGGUGUAUGACCCUCUGGGAGCUGUUCCAAUGCUUCCUUAAGCCUCUGAGACACCAGGAUAGGACAUCACGUGUGUGUGUGUGUGUGUGUGUGUGUGUGUGUGUGUGUGUCAGGGAGUGA